AAUAUUGAUUUGUUGUUAACUGUUCCACACACUCAGCUGAUGGUGCACUCCCAAAGAGAACACCCCCGUGCACUAUCCUAUCUUUGGUUCGUUCCGGUACUGUGUACGAUUUGUCAAAUUAAUGUCAAAAAUUGUUUAGUUUCAAUAAAAAUGGAUAACAGUGUCAAAAUAAUGCCAAAAGCCAUAGUUUGUGAGGAAAGCGUACUGCGUGGUGACAUCACCAUCUCGCCCGGCUGCAUCAUCCAUACGAGUGCAACCAUCAUCGCUGAGUGUGGUCCUAUUAUCCUCGGAGAGAACUGCAUUGUCGAAGAAUACGCGACCAUAAUCAACAAGAACGCUUCCGAGGAAGCAGAAGCAGGUGGCAAUGCACUCAUCAUAGGCACAAAUAAUGUAUUCGAAGUAGGCUGUCAUGUGCAAGCGAAGAAAAUUGGGGAGAACAACAUUUUCGAGUGCAAAAGUUACGUUUCGCCUGCAGUUUCGGUAUCCAGUGGAUGCGUGAUCGGUGCUGGAUGUCGACUUCUAGCAGCACAAACUCUUCCCGAACAUACUGUGAUAUAUAGCAAGAAUUGUCUUCAAAGGGAUGCGAUGGAGAAACAGUCUCAAGCUCUUCAAAUUGAGUCGUUGAGAAAGAUCCUGCCAAAUUAUCAUCAUCUGAAGAAAGCAACUUUCGAUGCAAAGAAGAUUCGUGGACAAGUUUGACGGUAACGUCGAGAAAUAAGCGGACUUAGAAGAGGGCAUCCACUCUAGGAUGGCGAAAGAAAUAUUUAUUAUAUUUAUUCAUAAUCGAAUAUUCAAUAAUUCCAUAUUAUGAAGUGCUUGUGUUUUAUAAAACAAAUACAAUUAUUAAUAACUA